AUGCAGUUUCACUUUCUGUACAAAAUAAUUUACUUGAUAAAAGUGUCACACCGGGAGGACGACAGCCCCACAUACACACCGGGAGGACGACAGCCCCACAUACACACCGGGAGGACGACAGUCCCAGAUACACACCGGGAGGACGACAGCCCCACAUACACACCGGGAGGACGACAGUCCCAGAUACACACCGGGAGGACGACAGCCCCACAUACACACCGGGAGGACGACAGCCCCACAUACACACCGGGAGGACGACAGCCCCACAUACACACCGGGAGGACGACAGCCCCACAUACACACCGGGAGGACGACAGCCCCACAUACACACCGGGAGGACGACAGCCAAACAUACACACCCGGAGGACGACAGCCAAACAUACACACCGGGAGGACGACAGCCCCACAUACACACCGGGAGGACGACAGCCCCACAUACACACCGGGAGGACGACAGCCCCACAUAUACACCGGGAGGACGACAGCCAAACAUACACACCGGGAGGACGACAGUCCCAGAUACACACCGGGAGGACGACAGCCCCACAUACACACCGGGAGGACGUCAGCCCCACAUAUACACCGGGAGGACGACAGCCCCACAUACACACCGGGAGGACGACAGCCAAACAUACACACCGGGAGGACGACAGCCCCACAUACACACCGGGAGGACGACAGCCCCACAUACACACCGGGAGGACGACAGCCCCACAUACACACCGGGAGGACGACAGCCCCACAUACACACCGGGAGGACGACAGCCCCACAUACACACCGGGAGGACGACAGCCCCACAUACAGGAUAG